UGAAGCUGGAUGUACGGAGUCGAACUCGAAGACGAAGGACGAAGUCGAUGUGUGCUGGGUGGUCGGUGAUAUUUUGUUGCCAUUGAUUGUUCUGAGGACUGUAAAAUUAGAAGAAGGGUGAGCUGUGCCGAACACUCCAAGUUUUCGCGUACCUGGCGUCCAACACUUUGUUUCGCGCGCACAUACCUCGCAACUGAUUGCAGCGUUUCCAAUAAUUUUAGCUCGGUGGUAGCUACGACUACGAGAGCGUGUCUCCCUGCUAUAAUUCUUACACUGCAUUAUGUCGGAGAAGGUUUACCCACCUGGGUACCAACCGGGAACGGCGAGCGAUCCACCGCCAUCGUACGCGGGCAGCGCACCACCUGCGGCGUACCCCCAAACGGCCAGCUACCCUCGGCAAGCGGGCGUUGCGCCCGCUCCAGCACCCACAACUGCUACAGGAGAGCUCGCCGCUCCUGGUAGCGUGGAGAAUGACGUGCGGUACAACGAGAGCAGCGUGAAGCGUCUCCGCAUCGUUCCCGUCUACCCGAUGUGCCUGGCCGUCUUCUUCUACAUAUGGAAUUGCUUCAUUCCAGGAUUUGGAAUGUGGCUGGGUUGUGUGUUCCUGUGUGGUUCACACACGGUUGUCAAGGGAGACGGGUGGCUCAAGAUCAUCUGCCUGCAGUUCUGGUUUGGCUUUCUGGCCAUCCUCACCCUGUGGGCUGGCAUCGGCUACUGGAUUGCCAUUGCUUGGAGCGUUGCCACCAUCUCCAACAACAGGCUCUACUACAACAAGCCGAUAGAGGAGCACGAGAUCCGCAAGCCACAGCCGGGCAACUUCGGCUCAGUGUUCUAGAGCACCGCCCAGUGUGGAGGCACACACCUGCUGCGUGCAAGUGGUGCUUGAGCAUUGUGCAAAGUCACCAAGUAGCCACCCGGCAGAUGACCAAGUCUUCAGAGGUGACGAACACUACAGCUUCCUCUUCACUUCGUUUCGCUGUGCGAAGCAGAUAUUCCGUGCGCGCGUUGGUGCCCGGCAGUUUGUCGUACCACCGCAUGAAGGACGGUGUCUUGCUUGAUAGCUUCCUCGUUUUCACUCCUGCUUUUCGUUGUGGAAAGCUUAGGGAAUUUUGUUCAGGCUGUUCUUCUUCUGUGCUCCCCUCUGGCUUAUCAAAAGCCAUGGGAGUGAUGUCGUGCUAGGUUGAUAGAUGUGGUGAUGACGUAAUUACUUUGGAGCAGUUCCGUCCCAUGCUCACUGGCCAUGGUUCUCUUAGCACGGGCCAAAAGCUAACGGUCCUUUUUUGAGAGCCGUUUGUUUCCAUUUCAAAGUAGUAACUGUUGUUCAUCAUCCUUCUA